GUCGAACAAUAACACCCUGCCCGCCUACCUUUCCCACCAACCGACUCACUGUUAAUCGAAGCAGAAGUUUGACAGCUCAGCUUUUACCCCAGGCCGUCCUUUGAGAACGCACCGUUUGCACUUCACUUUUGCCUUCGGAAGAAAUUCUCUCCCUUUUUCAUGAUCGACUACUGUAGAAGGGAAAGACAGGUAAAUAGGAUCUUUCUCGGCAGUCUAUAUGGAGCGCGCCAUGUUAUGAAGAAUUCGAUGAGUCGAUAGUGUCACAUAUUUAUUCUGUCUGGGGAGUUUAUUCUGGACAUUUGUAUUGUUUUUAACGAGCGCUGAUAGGGAUAUAACCAUGUCGAGGGACCCUGAAGAAGUGAACAAGCUCACCGAAAGUACAUACAAGAAUGUAAUGGAACAGUUCAACCCUGGGCUCAGGAACCUGGUCAACCUGGGGAAGAGCUAUGAGAAAUCAGUGGCAGCGAUGAGCCUGGCUGGAAAGGUGUACUUUGAUGCGGUCUCUAAGAUCGGAGAGAAUGCUGCGGUCUCUCCUGUCUCCAGGGAGUUGGGCGUUGUGCUGAUGGAGAUAUCCGAGGUCCACAGGAAAGUUCACCUUGAGCUAGAGGAGAAUUUUAAGAGGUUUCACAGCGAGAUAAUAGCUGAAUUGGAGAGAAAGACAGACAUGGAUGUGAAAUACAUGACAGCCACCUUUAAGAGGUACCAGACAGAGCACAAGAUGAAGCAGGACUCUCUGGAGAGGUCACAGUCUGACCUGAAGAAACUCAGGAGGAAGAGCCAGGGCAAGAACACCAACAAGUACGAAAACAAGGAGAGUGAGUGCCUGGAGACGCUGAGGUCAGGGCAGAUGGACAUGCAGAAGUUCAUCGCCGACGGCUGCAAGGAGGCUCUGCUGGAGGAGAAGAGACGCUUCUGCUUCCUGGUGGACAAACACUGCACCUUCUCCUAUCAGAUCGCUGCCUUCCACGACAAGGCCAGAGACAUGCUUUUCGGGAAGCUGCCCACCUGGCAGGACAAGUGUGGCGAUGCCACCAACGUGCCCGAGAGCGUGAUGUCUAUGAUUGAGGGUCUUCGCACCCCAGUGUCCAUCACCCCCAGGCCCCCCAUCUCCCAGAGACACAGUAGGAGCAACUCCAUAUUCCGGGACACAGUUCCACCCCCUGCCCCGGCACUGAAGGCUCAGACCAGCCCAUUGGCCAGUAUGUUCACGCAGGACACACCCACAACAAACUCAGUCACCAGAGAGACUGAGAGUGGCACAGACUACAGGGACAAUGGAGGGGAGGAGAGUGGCGGUCUAGGUCCCAGGUCAGUGUCUGUGGCCACAGGACUCAACAACAUUGUGAAGAGACCCAGGGUCCGCACCAUCUUCCCCCACACCUCUGGGACCAACUCUACGCUGCUCAGCUUUGACGAGGGAGACAUCAUCACCCUGCUCAUACCUGAUGAGAGGGACGGAUGGCUCUACGGAGAACUGGAGAAAACCAGGCAGAGGGGAUGGUUUCCAUCAUCCUAUUGCCGGGCAUAUUCAGAGCCAAUAGUGAAUAACAACAGUGUGGGGGCUCCUCCCAUGCGCAGUAAGAGCGUGGUGAACCUGCUCCACCAGGACACAGAGACAGAUGAUUCCUCCAUGGUCCUCCCCCCUCCUGACUACAGCGACUUCCCCAAGAGGAGUGUCCUCCCGGGCAGCAAGCAGCACUCGCCCUCCCUCUCCACCUCCUCCGGGUCUUCUGUACACACGUGUAAUGUCAGCACCCAGAAUCACAUCUCCCACUACUCCAUGACGUCCGUCAGCACCCAUAAUCACAUCUCCCACUACUCCAUGAUGUUCGUCAGCACCCAGAAUCACAUCUCCCACUACUCCAUGACGUCCUUCACAAGAGACUACUUUUAGUGUAAUGUCAGCACCCAGAAUCACAUCUCCCACUACUCCAUGACGUCCUUCACAAGAGACUACUUUUAGUGUAAUGUCAGCACCCAGAAUCACAUCUCCCACUACUCCAUGAUGUCCGUCAGCACCCAGAAUCACAUCUCCCACUACUCCAUGACG